AUGUUGAUGUUACUACUACAAAAGAGUAACACAAGCCAGGUGUAGCAGCCAAAGUGAACGGUGGUGACCGCCGAGUCGUUCUACACCACCGGUCUCUCUAACUCCACGUGGCAGUCUCUGAAUGCAUCAAUCAUUGCCACGGUUUUCUCUCUCUCUCUCUCUCUCUCUCCCUUCCGCCAUUCUCGCUCCCCCUCUUAUCCCUCCCCAAAAAGCUCUUCUCUUUCACCACUCCGACACCAACCAACCGUUCCAUCCCAACAGCAACAUCAACCAUGUCUCGCCAUUGCGACCUUUGUGCCACCCCACCUGGGAUUCUGCUAUUACGAGCCAAAGAAUGGAACUAUCACACGCACCGCUACAUGGUGCUGUUCAUCACCUUCCUUGCCUACGCCUGCUAUCACGCCUCCAGAAAACCCACCGGGAUAGUGAAGAGCGUGUUGUGCCCGGAACACGAGGAUCCAAAGGACGGUUGGAUACCCUUCAACGGCUACGAUGGACCAUCAAAGUUGGGAGAGAUCGACGUGGCAUUUCUCGCGUGUUACUCCAUUGGGAUGUACGUGGCGGGCCACUUGGGAGAUACCCUGGACCUUCGAUUGUUCCUAGCUUCUGGAAUGAUCGGUAGCGGCAUAUUCGUCGGGCUUUUCGGAAUGGGGUACUUCUGGAACGUCCAUUGUUUUUGGUUCUAUCUCUCCAUGCAAAUGAUCGCGGGCAUGUUUCAAGCCACGGGUUGGCCUUCGGUUGUAGCCGUUAUCGGUAACUGGUUCGGAAAGAGGAAGAGAGGGCUUAUCAUGGGAGUUUGGAACGCGCAUACUUCGGUUGGUAACAUUUGUGGCUCUCUUAUUGCUGCCAGUGUUUUGGAUUAUGGAUGGGGUUGGUCUUUUGUUGCGCCUGGUGCUUUGAUCGUGUUUGGUGGGGUCAUUGUUUUUCUGUUCUUGGCUCCUUACCCAGAGGAUGUGGGCUUCUCUUCUUCUUCUUCUUCUUCUUCUUCUUCUUCUUCUGUUCAUGUUGCUGAUGAUAAAGAAGCUCUGGUGCAUAUAACUGGUGAUGGCGCUCUCAGACACGCGUCUGUGAAUAGAAAGGGCAUUGGGCUUGUUGAGGCGUGCAUGAUUCCAGGAGUAAUACCUUUUGCGUUGUGUCUCUUCUUCGCCAAGCUUGUUGCCUACACGUUCUUGUAUUGGUUGCCGUUUUACUUAACUCAUACUGAAAUUGGAGGAAAGUAUAUGUCUGUUAAGUCUGCUGGAAACCUUUCAGCCUUGUUCGAUGUAGGGGGCAUUGUUGGGGGUAUCCUUGCUGGCUAUAUAUCUGAUAAACUCAAUGCCCGUGCUAUAACUGCGGCUAGCUUCAUGUAUGCAGCUAUUCCUUCUAUGCUUUUAUACCAGCAUUAUGGAAGUGUUUCUAUAAAUGCCAACAUUGGUCUUAUGAUGGUGACUGGAUUAUUAGUAAAUGGACCUUAUGCUCUUAUCACCACUGCUGUCUCUGCUGACUUGGGCACACACAGUUCUCUCAGAGGUGAUUCUCGUGCUCUAGCAACAGUGACUGCCAUUAUAGAUGGUACUGGUUCUGUUGGUGCAGCUGUUGGUCCUCUUCUCACUGGGUUCCUGUCAACAAGGGGAUGGACUGAAGUUUUCAUGAUGCUAGUUGUUGGUGCUUUUAUUGCGGGGCUUCUUUUGUCACGAUUGAUCAUAGCAGAAAUUGGAGAGAGAAGUAGUGGAACUCAAAAUCCUGAAGCCACUGCAUCUCAACCGCUUCUGGAGUAGGAAAGAUGACACUGAUCAGGUCCUCAUGAAUCAUUAAAUCUAAUGCUCAAUACAUGUGUUGUAAUGUGAGAAAAUUGUACAGUUUUGUUAAUGACAUCGUCUCUAGCCUGCAGCACCCACUUCACUGUUCAUUUUACAGACGAUUAAAUCAUCUAAUAGACUUAAAGUCCAUUCAUUCAGCCUUCCGAUCAAUUUUUUGUCUAUACUUUGGAAGGUUUCAGAGGAUCUUGAUUCCUUUGCAUCGUGAAUUGGAUGUAUGAAGGGAUAAUUGCGGAGACUGACUGCUUGUACUGAGUCAUCUUGACACUAGACAUUCCAAAGUGUCAUUUAUUACCUUAAUCCUUGUGUGACACUGAUUCAAGGAGCCACCACUUUCAAUUUUGUCAGCAGUAGAUUAGGAUAUAGAGCCAAGUUUCUUCUAUCUUGUUCACAACCCAAAUCCCCCUCCAGCAUCUCAAAUUUUGUUAUCACAAGAUGUUAGUCAUUUCGGCUCGUGUAUGAAAAUAAAUAGAUGAAUAAAUCUCGGUAUAUAGUAUGAUUCCUAUGUUACUUUUGGUUGUGAACUCUACUUUGUGUAUGAGUAGCAGGUAAACCAUAAUUUCUCUCGCCUUCGUUAUGAUUUUCCUCCCUCCUCAGCCUUCGUUAUAAUUGAAUUGUAUCAAUGUCUGUGUUUUCUUUAUUCAUGAAGUCAUGAUGUACAUUUUAACUCAUAAACAUAUUUCGACCGUGCUCUUCAUUUUCCUGUUUCUGAAGAAAUGGCUUCAUCUGAUAUAC